CUGAGGAGGGGCAACACACUCUGUGGCCAUCCACACAAGUAGCUAGAAGACAAUGUGGCUGACCCUUCUUACGUAUCAGCUUGCAACACUCCUUCUCGCCCAAGGUCAAAAUGCAUGCAUAGGACACCCCACAUUCAAGAGUCCAGAUAACUCGGAUAUCGAGGUCUUCUGCGGCUCUCAGUCAGUGGAGCUUCAGAUCCUGCUGUGUCCCAUCAUUUUCAAUGGAUACAAUGAGUCACUGCUGUCCCUCAACUCCCAGCAUUCAAAUCCGCAGUGUAAAGGGACCGCCGACUGGACGGCGGACCCGCCUGUUGUCAAAUUCAACUUCUCCAUCACAGAGGAGGCGAUCGCUGCCUGCUCCAGCGACCUGACAAUCACUCAGGAGGCGGGAACUGGAGUCUUUGCAGACUUCUCCAGCGUCCAGUACAUCUCCAUAUCAGGCAUGGUCUGCACUAAGGACCCCACAACAGGAGCCAUCACCUACCACCAAGAGAUGAUGUACAGGUUCUCCUGCCGCUACCCACUGCAGUACCUGGUCAACAAUACUCAUAUGAGUGUGUCUGGGGUCAGCCUGGCAGUUAAAGACAAUAACGGGAGUUUCAUCAGCACGCUGAGCAUGGGACUCUAUGCGGACGCUUCCUACUCCCUCAUGCUGCGGAUCCCACCGGGAGGCCUGGAGCUAAAGACCAGGAUCUUUGUACAAGUGAAAGCGUCCAAUCUCACUAACAGAUUCAACGUGCUCCUGGACCGAUGUUACGCCACAACGUCGCCUUUCCCCGUCAACACCUCAUCUCACGAUCUCUUUGUUGGGUGUAACCGGGAUGUCCAGACAAUAAUGGAUGUCAACGGAGAGCAGCAGGAAGCCCGCUUCUCCUUUGAGGCUUUCCGCUUCAUCCAACACACAGAGGAUACUUUCUCCACGUACUAUGUGCACUGCGCCACCAGACUCUGCGUGAACACCUACUGCCCCGACCUCGUUCAGAACUGCACCACCAGUUCCAGAAGGCGCCGUAACGCCGAGAACCACGACACCACAGUGAGCGACAUGGCCACCAUCACCUCAGCAGCAAUCACUACCCGCCUAGGCAAAGUGAAUCCGAUGGAAUCUGGAGGUGGUUAUCAGAAUCACAGCGGCAUGCUGGCUGUUUCGGUCGUGGCAGGCAUCGUCGGGAUCAUCUCCCUGAGUCUGGUGGCUUUCAUUGUUUACUAUAUACACAACUCCAAAAUGGGCUUCAACAAGAGAACUCUGUCCUGAUUUUCUUUCGUGCAUUAGAGGUUUCUUUAUGUAAGAAUAAGAGAAGUAGAACAGCAGACAAGCUUAGUGCUUUCUUUUAGUUUGAACAUGAGGAAGAGUCAUAUUUACUGCCAAACAAAAGCACUGUACACGCACUUAUGACUAUAUAUAUUGUAGCUUUGCACAGUGCUUUCAGCGUUUAUAUUCAUCUUAUAAUCUGAUGUUGGGUCAUAGAAUUAAGGUACUUGUUUAUAUGUUACUAAAGCAGGGUGAUAGGUACUGUAGUUCACAUUCAGGCUCGAAAACAAAUACUUUUACGUCUAUUAAAGGUUAUUAUUCACAUUGUUUCUCUACAGUUCUUUUAGAU